GCUCCACAGAUUAUCUUUCCAACCACUAAACUAUGUAAAAUGCACCCAUCUUUCGCAGAAAGAGACAGCCCGGAGUAGGUCUCCUCCUCUUAUUUUUCUCUUGUAGCUGUAAUCUUACAUAAUUGGGAUUUAUAAAGAAUCCCACCUGGAACUGAGUUCUUUUCAUCUCCUUUUCUCGUUCGUUCUCCGGUUGUUGUUGACCUUCUAUUGCUAGGGGCACCGAGGCCUGAAACUUAAGGUUUUUUAUAUUACCAUUUAUUCAAAAGAAGAGAUGUCAAGUACUGCAAACACACACUGGUGCUACCAAUGUGGGGUGCGAUUCAGGCUGGAAGUGGAAGAAGUCGUUUGCCCUUACUGUUAUAGAGGCUUUAUUCAAGAACUCAGUGAGGUGCAGGACUUGGCACCUGAAGAUGUCUCUGCACCUAUUUCAGGAGAUCAUUAUCAUCAAGCACCUGAUAUAAUGGACCUUCUGUAUGCUCUAAUGACACGUAGAAGUCCCAGCACAAGACCUGAUGUAGUGGAUUAUGUUGAUGCUUUCAUGAGGCAGAGAAUGGCUGGAAGAAAUCCUAACUUUGAUGUUAGAGUGAGGUCUGGUUUGGUUCCUGAACAGAGUUGGACGUUUUUCAAUGGGCCUGAUCCUGAUUUGAUAUUCAAUCGUACUCCUGGUUCAGCCUUCUCUAAUGGUGGUACAAGAAGUGGACUUAGGGAUGCUGAUAUUAGUAACUACUUUAUUGGCCAAGGAUUUGAAGAACUAAUUGAACAGCUUUCGAUGAAUGAUAGACGGGGCCCACCCCCAGCACCUCGUUCCUUAAUUGAUUCAAUGCCCAGUAUCAAGAUUACACAAGCACAUAUGCGCACUGACUCACACUGUCCAGUCUGUAAGGAAAGAUUUGAGUUGGGCACUGAAGCAAGACAGAUGCCAUGUAACCAUAUUUACCACUCUGAUUGCAUAGUUCCUUGGUUGGCUCAGCACAAUUCAUGCCCUGUUUGUCGCCUUGAGAUACCUGCUCAAGGUACUAAUUGUCCUCGUGUUCGGCGAAGCAGUGGAGGGAGCAGCAGCAGCAGCAGCAACUAUGGUAGCUCUGGUGGUAUGGAGAAUAGUUCGCAGAAUCCAGGAAGGAGGAAUCCUUGGUCGUUUACAUGGCCUUUCCGCUCAUCAAAUUCGAGCACUCGUAAUCAUGCUGAAGAUAGAGGAAGAAACACCUCAGCCACUCACGAACAGAAUGAUGAGAGGAGUUACUCUGGAUGGCCUUUUGAUUAUUAAGACUUUUGAUUGCUUUCCUUGUCAAGUUCACUUGGCAUACCAUUAAGGCUAGUAAAUGAAGUGGGUGAAUUAGAACUGGUUUUAGAGUUUGCUUUAUGUCGGACUUUUUGAGAGGUAAUUGAAGUUUGAUUAACUUUCACUUUAUUGUAAAUGAUGAUGUGCUAGGUGGAGUGGAACUGAUUUCAGUAAUCCGGUCUGUUAUCGAAAAGUAUAUACAACUGCGAUAGGUACUUCUUUGCAUCUAAUUAAUGCAAGGUAAAUAGGUACUUCUUAGCA